ACAGAACAAUUCAUUCACCAAAAGUAUUCCUUAGCAGGUCUAUUAUUUCCUUACAUCUAUGUAUAACACACAAAUCUCUGUAUCAUAUAUAAAUUUAUGUAUACACGGAUACACAAAUUUAUGUAUAAACCGAAUGCAUCAUUGAACAUCGCUGAUUUCCUGAUAUGAAAUUAACUAUCGCAGUAUGGCUGACCCAGUCAACAUGUCAGAAGAGACUAAUUACACAGGGAAACGGCAGAAGAUGGCCACUGGUGCAGAUGUUACCAAUGCACAGAAAAUCCGCCACCGUGGAAAGUUUAAUACCACGGAGUAUAUUAAAGGCUCAAAAAAAAGGGCUAAUGCUUUCUGCCAAAGGAAACAUACCCCUUUUAAUAAUGCAAGAGUGUUUGCAAAUCUCACAAAGGCGAAGGUGAUGGUCAGUGUGCAGCACGAAGAUGGUCGAAAACCGGAAGUGUACAGGUCUUUCAAGAAAGUUAAUAGUCUAAGCGCGGCGGGUGAAACGUCACAGGAAUUUCACAAUGACAUUACCCCACUGUCACCAUCGUUUGCUCAGGAGAAAGAGAACGAAAGUCAUGAUGCGGAGGAGAACGUAACUGUAGACGAGAAAAACUGCAGGAUAUAUGUAAGCAGGCAGAAGUGAAGAGGAAAAGUUUGUGGGUGGGAUGUGAAUUUCGGGAUUCAAGGGAUGAAAGUGAAUGCAAUUACUGGGUACAUGUAGAGUGUUUAGGAUUCUGUGGAAUUAACGAUAGAGUGUUAAAAAAAAAUUAAUUGGUUUUGUCCCAGUCAUAUGAAAAAAUAAAAGUAAUGGAAACUUACAACUGUUCUGAAUGCUUUGUAUUUCCUCCAAAACCUGCAAACACUCUUUGUAAAAGUCUAAAUACGCAGCUUUCUUUCCCGAUUUAAUGUCUUUUACCCAGGUAGCAUUUACAGCAUGAGAUUGCAAUUCAAAACCUUCCUGUAAAUAUUAAUAUUUCAAAAAUGGUCUGUAUAUGGAUUUUCCUAUGUUUAACAUGUAUAAGCUUUUUGUAUUGUUACUAUCAUUUGUGUACUUUUGACGUAAAUAUUUAAUAAAUGAAAGCUUUGUCUG